GCCAGCCGCCAGCCAGCAGCCAGCCAGCAGCAGUCGGGCCCGGUCCGCCGUGGGGACAUGACAUGAUGCCGUGACGGUCCCGGACGUCUAGCCCGUUUUUGUACUUUUCUAUGAGAGCUCUCCCCUGGUCACGUCGCGUCGUGACCGAAGGACAAUCUGACACGCAACAACCCCCGCCGCCCCCGCCGCCCGACUCGUCAAGGGGCGUCGUCUCUGCGCCGGGGACUGCUUGCCGUGUGGUGAGACUCUUGAGACGGGCCGGCCGCUCGGAGGGUGUCUAGUGAAGGUGGACUUUGUGACGUGCGGUUCGAACAGCACCGAGUGAGGCGUGCCCUGGCGUGCCCUGGCGUGCCCACGCGAGGAUACGGAUUUCAGUGCGACCGGACUGCUGUGCCACUCAAGUGCCACUCGGCAGCGGGAAGCGGCAAAGUGAGGUUAUGUUCGCCAGUGCUCCGCUCGCGUCACCCAGACCAGCCCGCUUUUCUGCGGUGUUCCACUCCCUGCUCGUCGAUUCUUGUGGGGCGUGCUAGCCGUCCUCUCUCUGGCCUUCGUCGUGCUCGGCGCCGUGGGCGUGGUGUCGUGCCUCGUGAGCCAGCAGCGCCCCGUCGGCCCCGUUGGUAUGGGGGGAGAACCCCCCCACUCCACGCUACCCAUGCUGGCCCUGCACACGGGCAUGGACCGUCUGCGGUUGGAGGCGGGGGUGGGGUCUGGGCGGCCGGAGCGGCCAUCUUCGCACGCACGCAGGACGGUGGACCACGCCGUGGACAGGGCGGUGCGCCUCACGGCGGUGUCGACAGACCUUGAGCUGGCCCUGCCGCCCUCCAUCGCGCUGCCGGACGGGGAGGAGUACCCGUACGGCGCCAGCUCCCGACUGCACAUCCGGGACCCGGAGCAGGAGAGCGAGAUUUAUCAAAAAUGCAUCCGGCCGCCACCAAACCGGACCGUGUUCGACGGCGAGAGUCCGCCGCCCUACCGGACCAGCUCGGCGUCCUCGGCGUCGGCCAGCUUCGGCGGCGGCGGGAGUGGCGGCUCGGGGAGCAGCCUCCUGCGGCACCCGCACGCCCCGCACGCCCCGCACCCGGCCCACCCGCACCCCGCAGGGCUCGCGGGGUUCGGCCUCCCUGCUGUGAUAGUCCCGUCCCCGGCCCGCAAGCAAGACCCAGCCCCCGGCCUGCAGCCCGGCCUGCUCCUCGCGGGCCCGGCCUCCACGGCGAAACAUUCCACCGGCCCCGUGCCGCUGCCGCCCCCCGGCAGCACGGCCUCCACGGCCAGCACGGCCGGACUUGUGCGGUUACUAUCGCCGUCGGCGGAGCCUAGGCGAGUGCCAACAGUGAGGUCCAAGGCUAGCAGCCCCAGCAGUGGGACGAGCGCCGCGGCCUCGGCCUCGGCCUCGGUGUGUCGGACAGCACACAGUGCCGCCCCCAGUGCUAGUGCGCCCUGUGCCGGUGUGGACGGUGUACACGGUGUGGACCUCGUGAGUGUCAAUUCGGCGUGCCCGGGGGGCCAGGGGGGCCAGGGGGGCCAGGGGCGCCGCGCAGCCACCUCGCCAGCCUCACCAUGGUGCCGUGCUUAACCGAGUCGCGGACCGAGCGGGCCACCUGCACGUCGGCGACCGCGGCCCGGACCGAGCCCAGCCCUAGCCCUAGCCCCAGCCUGUGUCUCGGGCUUGGGGAAGCGCCAGCGGACGAGGCGCGGACGAGGACGAGGUCCGGGCAGGAACUGUUAGCCAGGCCUUUGCCCAGGCCGCCAGUUUGACCUGGCCUCUUGGCCUCCGUACUGCAGUACUGCACAGUUGUCUCGACUGUGAUAGACCGUGUGGGUGUCGCGAGCGCGUCACGCUGUUUGUACGUGUGUGUAUGUGUGUGUGUGCGAGUGUCGUUGUGUGCGUGCUCCAGCAGCCAGGCAUUGCUCAAUGGAAAGUGAAGGUCGGGUCGGGGAGUCGAACCACUUUCAAGCCGUCCACGAUGUGUGCGUUCUGUGUUUUCCUUUUAAAAUAGCUAGAAUAUUGAAUAACUGUUCUCGAAACAAAAUCUGCUCCUACCUUUCUCUGUCUUUUAGGACCAAAGAUGUGAUCAGAGAAUCACCAUUGAAGUCUUGAAAUUAAUUGUAGAUUGUGGUUAGAUUCCCUGAGCAUAAGAUGUGAGUGAAUCCAUGGAAUCCGAAAAGGCAACUGAAGAAUUGGAGACCAGGCAAGGAAUAGCAUUUAUCCCUCACCAAUUCAAGCAUCUGCUGUGUUGUAUUCUUUUCUUUGAGGUCACACCCAUACAUGAGAAGGACAUUUUUAGCUUUGUGUUCUGACAAGUGACCUUUCGAUUUGUGUUGAAAAGGCAUGGUUUAAUGUAAUGAAUUGGUGUGCUUGUGAGAAUGUUUAUGUACAAUUGUGGGGGUGCAAAAUAAUGCACAUUGUUAAGGCAAAUUUCUGGAAAUUUAGAGGAACUGUCUGCACACACAGACGAUAGGAAAAGUCGUUAUGAAUUGUUGUAGCAGUUCUGUCAUUUCAACUAUAAUGAAAUCUCAAGUAAUUGUAUUUAAUGUCAGAUGCUAAUGCUGACCAUUAAACUCAUGAUUUUGUAAGUUACCUAUUCAAAUGAAAACUAAUGUAACCAUUUCAAAUGCUUUUUGUACCAUUAAAAAAUGUUUCAGUCAUCCCAAUUCAUACAAACAUGAAUAUUGGUACAAAGUGCAGGUGCAAUAUGUUUUAGAGGUAAGCUCAUUAAGAUCUUAAUGACCAAACAAUCAUACUUAGUAAUGGGUCGUCCUUAUUUUCUCCCUCCCUGCCCUUUUUUUAGGAAACUGUUUUGUUUGUUUGCUUAUUUGUUUUAUUUCAGUGAAUAUGCUAAGACAUAGUGAUCAUUGCAUGAAUUAAUGAUAAAAUAUCACAAUUCCAGGGUUUUGAGAGCUUUUAUCUCAGCACUGAUUGCAUUAUAAAUCCUGCCAAAUCUGAAGCUUUGUCCCUCUGCCUUUAUAAAUUCCUAUGAAUUUUGUGCUAUUGUCUUACGUUUUCAGGUUGCACAUUAUUAAGUAUAGAUCAUCAAUACAAAAGGAACGGUGAGACUGUGUGUGCACACGUGUUAAAUUGAAGUAGCAGAAUGUAUAAUGAUGUGAUAAUAUGUUAGUGGACAGUUCCAUUCUGUCCUACAUCCGAAAUGGCUUAUACUUGAUCUUAUAAUAGGAGCAAGCUAAGGGAUGUACCUGUUUUGAUUUUGAUCAGAAAAUUUCAGGUGGUGUUAAAACUGUUGGAAGGGUGAUAAGUCACCGCAAACUGGAAUGCUGUAGCUGUACAAUGUUACAACCUCUUUGAAAAUAUAUAAUGUAAAAUUUGGUGCUAAUUAGAAUUGUGAAUUGAAUCUGAUUGUAUUGAGGUUAACUAGGCAAAAAAAAAACUGAAAUGAUUCAAGGGAGAGUGACUGAACUUUGUCUAUCUAAUUUUUCUGUUUAAAACUAGUAUGGUGCAUCCCAAAUAAAUCAAUGUACUGCAUUGAGCGAAUCCUUGGAGCAAAUGAUAAUGCAAAGCUCAAUUUUUGUUUUUGUGCCAACUUCAAUUCAUUUACAUGCUGGCAUGUUGGAACUUGGAGUUGUUGCUCAUUUCCAUUUGUGGUCAGUACCAUUUGCAAUUAACUUCCAGAUAUGCCGAUCAGUAUGAAGAUUUCAAGCUUCUCUCAACCUUUUGUCCUAUAUAGUGUAAAGUGAGACAGAAGAGCAUAUCGGAUCUUUUACUCUACUUUAAACUGUGACCGUAAUUUGGUGCUGUUGUUCCCGGUGAGGCUCCUCUUAGAUGCAUUUGGGUACCCUACUUUCACAUUUUAAAUGCACUUUUGCAAAAACAACAGUUUUUCUCUGGAAUAAUGUGUUUUUAAAAUUACAAUUCACUGAUAACGAAUUUAACUAUAGUAGUGCUGUGCUCAAUGUGAUUUGACUUGAAUUCUCUAACUUCACUGGAGUUUUUGCUGGUUGGCGCUGUUCGGCGCUGUUCCAUUCAAUGAAUUAGAAUGAAUUGUAAAUCUUGCAAUGUAUUUGAUUCUUUGUCAACUGAGGGUUUUUAAUGGUCCCUUAAUAGUUUUUGUGAUUCCAGGCAAAUCACUUUGUUGCUCUAGACUGAAGAUAUUCCAUUCUCACUCCCAUGUAAGACUCCGGUCACAUGUCUCAUUUACAAGAGAAGGGUUGAAGCUGGAAGUAUAGCUGUUUUACUAUUCACUUGCAAUGUGUUUUUACAAGGGAAAGUAGAAUGAAUUUGAUCUCUGAUAUGAAUUUGAGUAAUUAAUAAGGAAGUAUGCAAAUUGGUGAGGAUGUCUAGUUAAUGUGUUUUAACAUAGCAAAAUUUUUGGAAAGGAAUGUAAUGAUUGUUGAACAUCUGUAUAUUUUUGUGUUUGUGAAGGAGAGGUUUGAAUGUUAUAGCAACUCUUUUAUUCAGAUAUACUUUCUCUUGUUUAUAUUCAUUUUAAGUAUUUCCUGUGUCAGCCUAUAACAUAAUUGUCUAUAUAUAAAUAUAUAGAUAUUUAUAUAUUGAUUGUUUUAAUAAUAAGUAAGAUAAACCUAUGUAUGUCUAUUGUGUUCAUUUACAAUUGUAUGCUUGAGUAAGAGAGCAUGUUUGUGAUAAGUAAUCUAAUGAAUGCAGAAGGCGAGUGAAUGUACUACAUUCAUUUUAUGUAUUUGAGUGCCAGGGCAUAAGCUUUUUUUCAUUUUCUGGGGAAAGUGACUUCAUUGCAAUAGAGUUCUAAGAUGUCUUGUUCUAAUUCAGUCGUAUUUAUUAAUAGUGAGCAACCUGUGUAUCCAUUCAUGGGUAUGUUCGAUUUUGUUUAUCAGCUACAGUGGACUAGUAGUAAUUUUCAAACAACACACGCAAACAAAAAAAUCUCCCGUCGCCCCCUCUUCUUAAAAAAAGAAAGGACUUUAGUUGGUUUUAAAAUUGAAAUGGGGAACUGCCACUUUUAUCUGGUUACUUCUGAUUUCAUCUUUCAUUUGUUACUUACAGGCAAUAUUUACAAAAGCUAGACAUUUCAGAACUCUAAGAACGCAUUAUUUGUGUCUUGUGAACCUAGAAGUGCUUGUAAACAUUUGGAAAUCUCAGCUCUUCAGAACUUCCAACUUUCAAAAUGCCAUAUUAAAUCCAGACUUUAAAAUUAAUUUACAGGUA